AUGUAUCCGCUCGCCUGGCAGCACAUCUACCUGCCCCUGAUGCCCCGCGCGUUCGUGGACUACCUCACCGCGCCGAUGCCGUUCCUGGUCGGGCUUCACUCCAGCCUCGUCCCCGAGAUGCGCGCGCUUCCCACGGAGGACAUCUUCCACCUCGACCUCGACGGCGGCGAGUGCAGUCACUUCCCGGAGGACCUGGACUCCAUGCCCACGCGCACCACCCAGACGCUGCAGUCCGCGCUCAAGAAAGCUUUGAGCGGUGGCGGUAGGCACGGAGCGCACGAGGGUUCAGACGGGGAUCCAUCCGGUGGAUCGAUGAACGCAUUCACGGCUGGACCACAGCUGGACGCCCCCGUCGACGACGCCGGCGCCGCCGCCGCGUUUCGAAGAUUCUUUUCGCAGACGUUGGGACCGUACCGGCGUCACAUCGUCCAGGACGGCCGUAGGACCCGCGACGGGCGCACACGAUCGAAGGAUAACAUCGGUGCCAACGGUUUGUGGCUCGACCACGAGGGUCUGGCGCGCGCGGCGCCCACGAAGCGCACCGGCGCGUUGCUGCGACAGAUGCGGGGCGCGCAGUAUUUCGAGGUUUUCGCGAGGGAGCGCCUCGACGCGAUCGCCAGCGCGCUCAAGGCUGGCGAGGAGGUGCUAUACAAGGACGUGGACUUUGACACCGAGAUGGACGACUACGCGGAGAUGUACGACGCCGUGCGUCAGGGCGCGGCGCGCGCGUCGGCGGCGGCGGCGUCCGCCGCCAGUUACGGGUAUAAGAAAUCGGCCGAGUACUACUCGAGCUUCGUGAAGUCCUCCUACGAGGCGUACACCGCGUACUACAACAAAAACGCGGGCGCGAGCGCGUCGACGCCGAGUGCGAGGGGCGGUGCGGUGAAGCGCGUCGCGGUGCCGGGGUUGGGGCUGGCGACGGUGGCGUCUCCGUCCCCGCGCGCGGCGGAGAGAUCGGCGACUUUGACUUUGUCACCCGCCGCCGGGUCGCCGUGGGAGGACUCCGCGGAGAGGUUUCGGCGAGCGACGGUUCAAGUCGCGAACGAAAAGGACGGCGGCGAUGGGAAAGAGGGCGACGGGUGCGACGGCGACGGGCCCGGGGGGGUUCGGGCUGGGAGUGCGGAGGACGCCUCAGAAGCGGCGGAGGCUUUGGGCGCCGUUGAAAAAGUCGGAGGCGUCGACGAGCGGUUCGCGUCUCCUCCCCCGGCACCUCCCGCGUCGCCGCCGACGGUGGCGCUGGGGGAUCUCCUGGGUUUGGACUCCGAGCCUGCGGGGGUGCCGUCUGGGGUGCCGUCUGGGGUGCCGUCUGGGGUGCCGUCUGGGGUGCCGGGUGCGGCGGAGCGAAGUCCCGCGGCGGCGGCCGGCGGCGGCAUCGGCAUAGACUGGAUGAGCGACUUUGUCGUGCCGGCGGGGACGUCGAAAACCUCGGAGGCGGGAGGCUCCAAUCACGAAAAUUUGGACGACCUGGCGGCGUCGUUCGACGGGCUCGCGUCGCCGACGCCUCGCAAGCCCUGCGCCGAGACGGGACCCACCAACCUUCUGGACCUGUAG